CCUAGCUAGCAGUGCGUAUUUGGUACGGUAAACGGACUGAUCGGCGCAAGUUCGAGCCGAUCACGGUAUCGUCUGGUAUCGUACGUAAAAGCCGGUUCGCGGGUACCACAUCAGUUGACGCGUCUAGUGUUUCUAUAGUGCCAACGAUACUAUGUCCCGCGGCACCGGCCAUGUUUCCCUCAAAUAGCAGUGCCGACGGCCGAUCCGAACCAUGUAUUUGACCGGACGCCAUGGCCAAACCCAAGAAGCUCUUCAAAAUCCUCUUGGGUGUCGCGAUCGGACUCGCGUUCUCUUACUUCUUCGCGUCGACCGGUAACACGUGCGGUACCGCCAGGGUGGCGCGUCGCGUUUCUUCUCCAGAGCCUCCGGAACCGCCGCCUAACCAAAACCUCAUCUUCGUAGGCGUCAUGACCGCGAAAAAGUACCUGGACACGCGCGCCCGAGCCGUCUACGACACCUGGGGCCGCCACGUGCCCGGACGCCUAGUGUUCUUCUCCUCCGAGACUUCCUACUCCGACAAAAUACCCCUGGUCGCGUUGCGUGACGUAGACGACAGCUACCCUCCGCAGAGGAAGUCGUUCAAGAUGCUCAAGUACAUGUACGAGCACUACGUCGACAAAUACGAAUGGUUCAUGCGAGCCGACGACGACGUCUACGUGAGAUACGACAAGCUGGAGGAACUGCUUCGCGGCGUCGACUCCAAGAAACCCCUGUUCAUCGGUCAGACGGGGAAAGGGAAAAGCGAAGAAAUGGACCGGCUGAGUUUGGAUACCGACGAGAACUUUUGCAUGGGCGGGCCCGGCGUGAUAAUGAGUCGCGGCACGUUGAGGAAGAUCGCGCCGUACCUGGAGGACUGCCUGAGUAACCUGUACACGACGCACGAGGACGUGGAGGUCGGACGGUGCGUCAGGAAAUACGCGGGCAUCUCGUGCACCUGGUCAUACGAGGCGAGUGACGAUUUCGAGAUGCAAGUGAUAUUCUACCACAACCAGAGCGGUGAGGCGGCGUUCACCGGCGAUUUGAAACAAAAAGAGGUGCACCGAGCGAUUACCCUUCACCCCGUCAAGCAUCCCCGUCAAAUGGUCCGGCUCCACAACUAUAUUAACGGUCUCAAGGUGCAAGACGCGUUGCAGAGCAGCCUACUUUUGCACCGGGACAUCGUCCAAUCGAUGGCCGAAUUGGGCUACAGAAUGGACCGAUUGGAGCACGCCCAAUUGGCUCCCGGAUUGGAACUGUUUCCACGGAAAAAGGGCCAGCCUGACUAUCUGGGAGACAGCGGCUUAUUGGGAGUGCCGGUGAGCAUCAACAGGUACCAACCCCGUAACCUGGGCGACGUGCUCGAAUGGGAGCUGAUAUCGAAAACGCUGUACUCGCAUCGUGACCUGAACCCUCGAAAGCGCAUCGGAUCGUCGCUGAAAGAGGGACUCGGCGACGUCAUCCGAGAGAUAAUGGAACAGAUCAACUCUUACUCGAAACAGAGGGGUCGGGUGAUCGACUUCAAGGAGAUCCUCUACGGCUACUGGAGGCUCGAUCCCGUCCACGGCGCCGAUCUAAUCCUCGACCUCCUGCUCGUCUACAAAAAGUACCGCGGCCACAAAAUGACCGUCCAAGUCAGGCGACACGCUUACGUGCAGCAAACCUUUACCGGUAUUUUCGUGAGGGAAGCGACGCCGGCGGGCACCGAGACGUCGGCAUCGAAAGACGACGGCAUCGUCCACCAGAUCAUCUCGAAAUUAAGCGACAACUUGGCGCCGCUGUCCCGGCGUCCCGCCCGUCCCGCCGCGCCCGUCAUAAAUCUGCUCCUCCCCCUCAGCGGCCGUCACGACACGUUCGUCCGCUUCCUCGACAGGUACGUCGGCGUCUGCGUCGCGGAGGGCGAACCGACGCGCCUCCACGUCAUCGUCUACGCCGGCGACGACUACGACGCCACCGUCGAGUCGAUCCGGCGGACGAGGAGCGAGCACGGACUCGACGACGACGCCCUCGCCCUCGUAGAAGGCGGCGCGGAGCCUUUCGCCCGCGGUGCCGCCCUCCAAAAGGCGGUCGAUCGACUCCGCGACGACGACCUUAUGCUUUUCGUCGACGUCGACAUGGCGUUCGAUCGAAAAUCGCUGGACAAGAUGCGCCGCAACGCCGUCCGCGGCCUCAGCGUCUAUUUCCCGAUCGUCUACAGCCUGUACAACCCGAAACUCAUCGGCGGCGACGUCCACCAGGUGGUGGACGGGCGCCGCGGAUUCUGGCGCCAGUUUGGCUUCGGCAUCGCCGCCCUUUACAAGGGCGAUUACGACAAAUUGGGCGGGUUCGAUUUGCACAUCAAGGGAUGGGGUUACGAGGACGUCGCGUUCUUCGACAAGGCGGUGGCGUCCGGAUUGAAAAUCGCGCGGUCAGCGGAUCCGGGCCUGGUGCACGUGUACCAUGAGGUGCGGUGCGGCGCCGAAUUGGACGCCGAGCAGAGGACGAUGUGCCUGGGCACGAAGGGCAACACGCUGGGCUCGCUCGCCACGCUGCAGGCGCUAUUCGACAAGUACAGGCGUCUGUUCCGGUAGCCGCCGAGAGCGAAAUAUAAUCGGGGUGUUUCGCCUUUUCUUUUAUUGCCCGUUUUGAGAAAAAAGGAAGAAUUUCAGGCAAUUUCCAUAAAAUGAAAAAGUAGGGCCAAGCGAGGGCCUUAACGGUGUAAGUAGAUGUAACGUGAAAACACUGCCAUUGUACGGAGAAGAAGGAGAAGAAGAAGAAGACGAUUUUUUUACCAUGUAGAUUAUUGUCUGUGAUUUAAUUAUUAAACGGCGUUAAGCAUGCCCCGUG